GGGAAGUCAGCUUGGGCCGCCCAUGUGCAAUUCAACUCUCUCGGCGCGCAUCCAUGACGGGCAAAUAUGGGCAGGGGCAACCAAUUGAUAUGAUCUCCACCCGGAACCGCUAGUCCCAUUAGUGUUGCUUGGGCCCUGGCAUUCAACUGGCACUCGCGCUCUCCUUUUUCUCUACUACCCAAGUGCCCGCUCUCUGCCCUUCCUUCUCUCGUCUUCAUCCACCUUCGCUAUUGACGGCCGCGCUUCCCAUCGCCCCCCUGGGUUUACUCCAUUUAAUACUGUCUUCUUUCGUUUGCUGCUUCUUUCACUCGCUCCAAACAUCUUUCAACCCAUCACUCAGCACUGACCGACCAGCCUUAAUAUCCCAGUUACCAACAAACUCCACUACUCCGCAAUGCCUUCAUUGCUGAGGCUCGUCCUCCCGGCCUUGGCCGCAGUGAGCACCGCCUAUGCCGCCUCGUGCACCGUCUCUGCGACCACCACGAUCCAGAAUGCCGGCGACGCGACUGGCCUGGCUUCCUGCUCCACCUUCUCCGGCAGCAUCGCCAUCGCGACCGGCACCACCGACGACAUUGCCCUCGACGGCAUCAAGAAACUGAGCGGCAACCUCAUUGCAACCAACAAUGCAAACAUGAAGCGCCUCAGUGCCGCCAAUCUCGAGACUCUCGACGGCGAGAUGCGUCUCGACGGACUGACGCGUCUCUAUGGCGUCGAUUUCCCCAAGCUCAAGAACAUUGACUCGAUCAAGUGGAACGCUCUCCCCAACCUCCAGACAAUCGGAUUCACCGCCGAAGUCGAGCAGGCCAAGAAGCUGGACAUUCAGAACACUGGUCUCCGGUCCCUCAAGGGCAUCAACAUCGAGGAGGUCAAGACCCUCUUCAUUGCCAACAACGGCUACAUCAACGAAUUUUCCAUGCAGCUGGGCAACGUUUCCGACUCCUUGACUCUGGCCGACAACAACGUGAACGUCAAGGUUGAGCUGCCGAACUUGAUCUGGGCCACCAACCUAACCUUCCGUUUCUGCGGCUCCGUUUCCGUCCCGUCUCUGAAGACGCUCAAUGGUUCUUUAGGGCUAUAUAACAAUGGCUUCGAGUCAUUCUCUGCCCCCAACCUUACCUCUGUCGGUGAAGCGCUUGCCAUUGUUGCCAACGACAAGCUCUCCAACAUCACCUUCCCCAUGUUGACCAAGAUCACCGACAACCUGCAAAUUGCCAACAACUCCCAGCUCGCCGAGAUCCAGGCUUUCCCUGAGCUGAAGAGCAUUGGAGGUGCUUUCGACAUCAGUGGUAACGAGUCCAAGGUCGAGACUCCCAAGCUCGAGAGUGUCAAGGGUGCUUUCAACCUGCAAUCCACCGACAACAUCACCGAAGCCUGCGACUUCUACAAGUCUCUCCAGCAGAAGAAGUGGCUCCAGGGUAAAUACUUCUGCCGCGGCAAGGUCGAGGAUCCCGGUACCGCUGGCCACACCCCCAAGGACCAGAGCGGCAGCAGCAAGAAGAGCGCUGCUACUUCGCUCAGCGCAGUGAACGGUGCUCUUGGUCUUGCUGCCAUGGCCGCUGUCUUGCUUCUCUAAAUGGUUCACGACGCUGGCGUUCCACAACAAUUGCAUAGACUAAUCCCACGACCUGACUUUCUUUGAUAGCGUAUGGAAUCAAGCGAACAAGCGCUGACGUUAGCGAUCGGCAUUCUGAGGACUGGAGGGGAUUUGGGCGACAGAUUAAUGGACCAGCAUGCAACAACACUUGUAUGUAUCACUUGGCUACGAAGGUCGAAUUAGACUUUAAUUGGCAGUACACAAUAGCCUGCGCUGCGACACGGUUGCAGAAUGGCAGGAAGGAUUGAUUGGUUUGGGAAAAUUGCACGUACUCACACUCUUCCCUUGUCUUGGAUUCGUAUUUCUUGUUGAAUGCUAUGCAUGCAUCAAGUGCAUUUCGACUCGUUUGUUUUCAUGUGUCGUACUUUGGCCGACUGCUCCUCGCUUGCUGUCUUGUGGCGCCACUUCGCGUGCUACGUCUCUUCGUCAUCGCGUCGCAUAAUAAUACAUGCCUAGAUGCAUCGCCCUCU